AUUUCCGAAGUUCAACGAAUAUGGCGGUUGUGUUCCAGUUUCAACCGGUUGAGAAAAUUUCGAUGCAUUUCUUAAAAAGUUGGGUGUAUGUCAGUGGAAAAGUUCUUCGAGGUGAUUUCCUCCUAAAAGAUUUUCAUGCCACCCAUAACAAUGAAUUCGGUUAACCUCUCUGAGGAAGCAGCCAAGCUUCUGGACUUCAGUCAGAAGCUGGAUAUCAACCUGCUGGAUAAUAUUGUCACAAUGAUGUACACUGGAAAUGGACCACAGCAAAGAAUGGCACAGGAAGUAUUGACAACCCUGAAGGAACACCCUGAUUCCUGGACACGAGUCGACACAAUUUUAGAAUAUUCUGUUAAUCAGCAGACCAAGUAUUAUGCUCUCCAAAUUCUAGAAAAUGUUAUUAAAACACGAUGGAAAGUGUUGCCACGAGCACAGUGUGAAGGUAUAAAGAAAUAUAUUGUGGGUUUAAUCAUCAAAACAUCAUCAGAUGCUACCCUACUAGAGAAAGAGAAAGUUUAUGUUGGAAAACUCAACAUGAUUUUAGUCCAGAUUUUGAAAUAUGAAUGGCCCAGAAAUUGGCCGUCAUUCAUCAGUGACAUCGUGGGAGCGAGUAAAACAAAUGAAUCAUUGUGUCAGAAUAAUUUGACUAUUCUCAAAUUACUUAGUGAAGAGGUCUUUGACUUUAGCAGUGGUCAAAUGACACAGGCAAAAGCCAAGCAUUUAAAGGACAGUAUGUGUAGUGAAUUUUCCUCCAUCUUCCAGCUGUGCCAAUUUGUCAUGGAUAACUCACAGAACGCCCCCUUGGUUGGAUCUACGUUGGAAACUCUCCUGCGUUUCCUGAACUGGAUUCCAUUGGGUUACAUUUUUGAAACGAAAUUGAUCACCACACUUGUAUACAAGUUUUUGAAUGUUCCACUCUUCAGGAAUAUCACUCUCAAGUGCUUAACGGAAAUAGCUGCUGUCUGUGUCCAACAGUAUGAUGAACAAUUUGUUCACUUGUUCAAUCUUACUAUGACUCAACUUAAACAGAUGUUGCCAUUGGAAACAAAUUUAAAAGAAGCCUAUCAGAAAGGGACAGAUGAUGAACAGAAGUUUAUACAGAACCUCAGCCUGUUCCUGUGUACAUUUCUCAAGGAACAUGGUCAGUUGAUUGAGAGAAAACAAGAUAUGCACAGUGUCCUAUUAGAGGCCCUUCACUACCUUAUCUUGAUAUCAGAAGUGGAGGAGGUGGAAAUCUUUAAGAUUGCUCUGGAGUACUGGAACACUCUGGCUGCUGAUCUCUACAGAGAGAGUCCGUUUUCUUCCAACACAUCCCCCCUACUCAUAGGGAAACCCCACCACAAUGACGUGCCUGCCAGGAGACAGCUCUAUACACAAGUCUUAUCAAGGGUGCGGCGAGUUAUGAUAUCAAGAAUGGCCAAGCCAGAGGAAGUCCUGAUUGUAGAGAACGAACAGGGAGAGGUGGUCAGGGAAUUUCUUAAAGACACAGACUCCAUUAAUCUGUACAAAAACAUGAGGGAAACACUUGUUUAUCUGACUCACUUGGAUUAUAAUGAUACAGAAUCAAUCAUGACAGAAAAACUUCAUCAUCAGGUGGAUGGUACAGAAUGGUCAUGGAAAAACCUAAACACAUUGUGCUGGGCAAUUGGAUCCAUUAGUGGAGCCAUGCAUGAGGAUGAUGAAAAAAGGUUUCUUGUCACUGUUAUCAAGGAUUUGUUGGGUUUGUGUGAACAGAAGAGAGGAAAAGACAACAAGGCCAUUGUGGCCUCUAACAUCAUGUAUGUAGUAGGACAAUAUCCUAGAUUUCUGCGGGCCCACUGGAGGUUCCUAAAGACAGUUGUCAACAAACUCUUCGAGUUCAUGCAUGAGACACAUGAUGGUGUACAAGACAUGGCAUGUGAUACUUUCAUCAAGAUUGCCCAGAAGUGCAGGCGACAUUUUGUACAGGUUCAAGUGGGAGAAGUAAUGCCAUUCAUAGAGGAAAUUUUAAAUGGAAUAAACACGAUCAUCUGUGAUCUACAGCCACAACAGGUGCACACAUUCUAUGAGGCAGUUGGGAUGAUGAUCAGUGCCCAGAAUGACCAGGUAGCCCAGGAGCAUUUGAUAGAACGAUAUCUCUUGCUACCAAACCAAGUCUGGGAUGGAAUAAUUAACCAGGCCACACAGAAUGUGGAAGUGCUGAAGGACCCUGAUGCUGUUAAACAAUUAGGAAACAUUCUCAAGACAAAUGUUAGAGCUUGCAAAGCACUGGGUCAUCCUUAUGUAGUGCAGUUGGGAAGAAUUUAUUUGGACAUGCUGAAUGUAUACAAAGUGAUGAGUGAGAACAUCAGUAGUGCAAUAGCAACAAAUGGAGAGACUGUGACUAAGCAGCCACUCAUACGCAGCAUGAGGACAGUAAAGAAGGAGACUCUGAAACUGAUUUCAGGCUGGGUCAGUCGGUCAACAGAUCCUCAAAUGGUGGCAGAGAAUUUCAUCCCACCACUUCUGGAUGCAGUACUGCUGGACUAUCAGAGAAAUGUCUCAGCAGCUAGGGAACCUGAGGUUCUCAGUACCAUGGCCACCAUUGUCAACAGAUUAGAGGGCCAUAUCACAAAGGAUAUCCCACAGAUAUUUGAUGCUGUGUUUGAGUGCACACUGGAAAUGAUCAAUAAAGAUUUUGAAGACUUCCCAGAACACCGAACAAAUUUCUUUUUGCUGUUACAAAGUGUUACAGCACAUUGCUUUCAAGCGUUCCUGAACAUCCCACCAGAACAGUUUAAGUUGGUGUUAGAUUCUGUGAUAUGGGCUUUCAAACAUACAAUGAGGAAUGUAGCAGAUACUGGUCUGGACAUUUUAUAUACAUUAUUACAAAAUGUUGCCAGUCAUGAAGAAGCAGCCCAGAGUUUUUAUCAGACCUAUUUCACAGACAUACUGCAACAUGUGUUUUCAGUUGUGACAGAUAGUUCUCAUACUGCAGGAUUGACAAUACAGGCUACCAUUUUGGCCUAUAUGUUUUCUUUACUGGAAAAUGGCAAGAUCACUGUCACACUGGCCCCCAGCUCAGGACCCACUAUGCAGAAUGUCCCCUAUAUCCAGCAGUUCCUCAUGAAUCUCCUCAAAGCAGCAUUCCCUCACUUAAAUGAGCCUCAGAUUAAAAUAUUCAUCGAAGGUCUCUUCAGUUUUGAUCAAGAUAUUGCAGCUUUCAAGGAACAUCUUAGAGACUUCCUAGUACAGAUCAGGGAGUUUGCUGGCGAAGACAACCAGGACCUUUUCAUGGAAGAGAGAGAAUUAGCCAUCAAACAAGCUCAGGAGGAGAAACGCAAAAUCCAGAUGUCUGUGCCAGGAAUUUUGGGACCUCAUGAAAUUCAAGAAGACAUGCAGGACUAGUUUACAAUAUAUGCUUCCUCCAGUUUUGCAUGUAGCAGUGCAGGUUAAACCUGCACUUUAAAAAGUAUUCUCGUCUUAAAGAUGUGAAGCUAACAUUUACCCCUGAGGCCAUAGAGAUGGGUUAUUACAGUAUUCAGCUGGCCUUCAUUUGUUGAAUAUUGGAUUCAGCUUGGCCUUGUGUAGUUGAAUGUCGAAUACAGAGCAUAGCUAGUAUGGCAUUACAAGUGGUUUCUUCUGAGCUCGAUUUUAUCAACUUGCUGGGAGAAGAUGCAUACAAAUUUACUAUACAUCGUCAAAUAAAAUUUUUCUUGCGAGGUUGAAAUAUGAUCUAUUGUGUCUAGAAAUUAUUGCAAUUUUUAUUUUAGUGAGAAAAAAAUGACAACAUAUUCUAAAUUGUUUGAGAGAAUUUGAUUGUAUUCAGUUUUGUGAUACGUUUUCUUGAACUUGUAUGAAAAUUGUAUGUAGAGGUCUGGGUAUUUUCAGAUUAUCAAAACAGGCAGUAGUCUUAUUAUGUUUGUGAUUGUUUCCUGAGUGAGUAUGGUUGUACAGUAGGUUUUUUUGUCUGGGGAUUAGUUACUACAACAAACAUUGUUUCAUGGAACCGUUUACUAUUGUGCAUUAAUGGUGCAAUAAAGACUCAUAUAGUGAAUAUGCUUUUUCUAUGAAAAAGAUUGUAUUCAAAUAUUAUGUAUUCUUUAGAAGCAAGUUCAGCAUUACAUGAAAUGAUAGCUUUUCCAAGAACUUGGUGUAAGAGAAUUUCUGUUUCAAGAACUUGGUGUAAGAGAAUUUCCCAAGAAUCCAGUCUAAUAGCAUGUGGAGAACGGGAUAUGAAAGCUGUCUCAUACCAAUCUGUUAGGUCAUUGAUAUGAAGCCUUUAUCACAUUUUCAGAGUAUUUGUUUCUGAAAAGCUUUGUGUAAAAUAUAUGAAAAAGAAAAGAAAAAAAAGAAUAUCAUGUAAUAAAUGCAUAUUAUUUCUACAGUAGCCUGAUCGAAAUAGUCGGAUCACGUCGAGUUGAUAGAUGCGGAUCAUCAGAUCACACGAGACACAAGAUGUGAUCCAACUCUUCUGAUCAAAUUACUGUAGUAAUGAUAAAUUUAUUAUAUACCACCUUAUGCAUUUUUAAAUCCACAUUUACAAGAUAAUAAAUGUAAUCCAAAUUAUCAAAAACACAGACAUACAGUGAAAUUAUAUUUUGUGUUCGCAGUUUUGUUUGUGACGCGGUUGAUAUUUUCUACUAAAAACGUUGCGUUGAUGACAUCAUCAGUUUCAGAGAAUACUGAUACAGAAUCGGAAAACCACAGUGUGGUGAUCUGGAAAAUUGGAUCACACACCAUGAAAUCAACAGUAUAAAAAAACGAAACAUUGAUGGGUAUAUAAUAAAGGUGUAUAAUGUUUGAAAAUGGCUUAACAGUUUUGUAAUACUUAGUACAUAGAAGGUUUUACUUCUGGUACAGCUGAUGCUACAUUUUUCCAAAAGCAAUUUUGUCAUGAAGUAAAAUUGUUCAGUCCAUGUUAAGAAACGAUAACAUAUACACAUUGAAGAAUUGUAGUUCAUUGUCACAGUUGUGAUUGUAAUAUUGUGUAUUGUGAGAUUUCCUAAGAAUGUCAUUUUUGCAUUCCAAGUGUUGAAUGUUUAUAUUUUACAUGUUUUCAUUUCAAACAUAUCUUUCCCAGAGUUUCUCUUCUUUUUUUUCAUUUUUCAUCUUGAACAAGUAUAAUGAGCCCUGUAUAAAUAAUCAUAUCAUUUUUUCUCAUGUAAGAUCUGCCUCAUAAUAUCGAUCAAGUGGACUAACAAUCUCGUAUGAUACCGGUCAAAUUUAUGCUGUUUCAAAUGCAAGGAAACUUGUGUGAUCUGGAUGUUGUACAAUCCAAAAUGAUGUGUAAACUUGCACAUAUUUUGCGACCAGACUUUGAAUCUGAUAUAUUCUGGAUAUUUGUAAUACGAAAAGUUUUCGCUGGUACCAUAUCUAGAUUGCACAAGUCUCACUGUACCAGUUUGGUUUCUCAAGAACAUUUGUUGCUAUCUGAAACUGUUAUCAUAGGAGGGUUAAAAAGCCAUUGUGAACUUGUAGCAAGUUACUAUUUACUCGCGUGAAUUGCUGUUCAUUAAUUUAUUUUGGUGCUUCUUUGUUUCAGCAUAUAUAAAUUGUCACUAUUCUUGUUUUAUUACCAUGCUAAUCAAACGAGUGAUUCAGACCCUCUGUAACAUGUAUCUAAUCAUGCAUUGUUUUCUGAUUAGUAAACAGUAAUGAUGAUUAAAAGACUAGAAAAUAUUAAUUAAAA